CUCUGAGUGUCUCUGGUAUUCUGGAAUCUACUCACGAGCUCACGAGUGUAUUCUCAUAACGAGUAACUGGUCUUGGCAGCUGGAAGCUGGUAACUAGUGACUGGUGAACGUACAUAACCCGCGGUACCCGGUACAACUUGAUCCAACAAGCUCAUCACAAUGGACUUCCUCCCUCUGCCAGACCUCCCAUCAGCACCCCGACAAUCCUCUUCCACUAACCCUCAUUCUCGUCACUUUCACUCAUUCCGACAUCCACUCUUCAUCAAACAUCCUUCUCCUAUCACCCACAUUCACUUUUGCCCCACACGACCACAUCGAUAUGCGGUCUCUUCUUCCUCCAGAGUCAUGGUGUACGCCCCAAAGACAGGAAAAGUAGUCAAGACCAUCUCUCGUUUCAAGGAUACAGCUAGGAGUGCGGAAUUUAGGAAAGAUGGGAAGUUGGUGGUAGCUGGAGGAGAUGAUGGUUUAGUGCAAGUUUUCGAUGUCUCCUCUAGGGCAGUUUUACGAACAUUUAAUGGUCAUAAUCAACCUGUACAUGUAACGAAAUUUUCACCUCACGAAGCUCAAGUCCUUUCAGCGUCCGACGACAAAACACUCAAAUUAUGGGAUCUAUCCACUCAAUCUUGUUUGACGACCUUAUCUUCACAUACAGAUUAUAUACGUUCUGCCAUCUUUCAUCCAACAUCUCCUCAUUUACUUUUAUCAGGCGCAUACGAUUCGACAUUUCGAUUACAUGAUAUUCGUCUACCAUCAGAAUCAGCAAAUACAAUCACUAUGCGUCAUGGUGGUAUGCCCGUCGAAGACAUUUUAGCUUUUCCUUCUGGUGGAGUGGGUGUCAGUGUUGGAGGUCCGAUAUUGAGAGUAUGGGAUUUGACCAUGGGAGGGAAAUGUGUGAGAGCUUUGAGUAAUCAUCAGAAAACUGUUACUUGUGCUACUUUUGAUGGAACGAAAGGGAGAGUGUUGACUGGUGGAUUGGACAUGAUGGUGAAAGUGUAUGAUGUGGAAGAGUGGAAGGUGGUACAUACUAUGAGGUAUCCAGCUCCAUUGUUGAGUCUAGCCGUAUCGCCUGACGACACCCAUAUAGCAGCAGGAAUGACAGACGGUACCCUUGCCGUCCGUCGCAGGGAGCCACCCGCCUCAGAAGCAGCCGCUCAAGAAGCUAAACAAGCUUCCAUCGCCGGGGGGUCAUACGAGUUCUUCACCGAUAUGGAGGCCGUUUUUGGAAAUGGACACGUCAAAGCUAAAGGCAAAGAUCUACCGCCUGUCAUUGGACCAGCCGACGAGUUCAGAGUUGAGAGUCGUCGGAAAGAAAGAUUAAGAGAUUUUGAUAAAUAUCUCAAGGCUUUCAAAUAUUCUGCGGCUUUGGACGCGGGAGUCAAAAAGACUGUCAAACCUGCGACGGCUUUCGCUUUGAUGCAAGAACUCAUUCAUCGUGACGCUCUCAGAAUAGCGUUGAGCGGAAGGGAUGAUGUGACUUUGGAACCUAUACUUGGUUUUUUGUUGAGAUAUGUGACGGAUCCGAGGUUUGGGGAAUUGGUUUCGGAUGUGGUAGGGGUUAUCAUCGAUAUCUAUACCCCCAUGCUAGGUCAAUCACCAGUCUUAGAUGAAACCAUGGCCAAACUCAACCAGAGAAUAGGGAUGGAGUUGAAGUUCCAACAUGAACUGAUGAGACUUCGAGGAGCGUUAGAUAUGACUCUGGCGCAGUCAGCGUUGAGCCAACUUCAAGACUAGCGAUGGGGUUUUGUAGAGGUUGCCUAUACGGCAGAGUCCAUCGGCGUAUGCAUAUGAACAUACUAUAUCA